ACAACCAGCAACCAACCAUUGCAGCCUAUCAAUCCCUCCUUCCUUGCAUUAUACCUGAAACCCUCAAGCAAAUCAAUCCAAAGCUAGCUCAAGUAAUCAAUGGCAGCAACAAUGGCUACUACAAUGGCACUAAUGAACGCCAAGUGCUUAAGCACCACCACCAACUCAGCCAAACUCCCCAACCUCAAACCAAUCACCCCCACAAAACCCAUCUCCCUCCUCUCCAUCCAAAACCUCCCCAAGGGUACUCUAACCAGCUCAGCCCUAGCUGGAGCCAUCUUCGCCACCAUAAGCGCCUCCGAACCGGCCUUGGCUGCUCAACAAAUCGCUCAAAUCGCCGAAGGUGACAACCGUGGCCUUGCCCUCCUCCUCCCCAUCAUUCCCGCCAUUGCUUGGGUCCUCUUCAACAUCUUCCAGCCUGCUCUCAACCAAAUCAACCGCAUGGUCAACAAGAGCGUCAUCGUUGGUCUAGGGCUGGGCGGACUUGCAGCUUCAGGGUUCGUGUCCACUCCUGAAGCUUCUGCUAAUGAAAUGGCCGUGCUUGGUGAAGCAGCUGCAAAGGCCGGUGACAGCAGGGGACAGCUCCUCCUCAUUGUGGUGGCUCCGGCUAUUCUUUGGGUGCUUUACAAUAUUCUACAACCGGCUUUGAACCAGCUUAACAAGAUGAGGUCUCAGGAUUGAUACGAUCGGUUCUGGAUUUUGUGAAAGGGUGCGAUGUCACAAAGUUAAUAAUCACUUGCAAUUUGCACCUUUAUGUAAUCAAUUAUAUAUCUCCUUUUAUGUUAAUUAGUUUUGCUUCUUUGUUCGAUUCCCUGUUGAUCAAAUCCUCAAGUGUUCAGAUAAUAGUAUUAAUCAGUAGAUUCGAUCAUCUUGAUGUGUAACUAACUGUGUAUCAUUACAAGAUGUGAUUGUAUCUAGAGUCCAGUUUGAGCC